UUCAAUUCCAUCCGAUCCUUUUCCAAAGCUAAACGGGAAUAUAUACCAUCGGAUCACGCCAUGGAGACCGCAGGCAUUGUUUGCAGGACGGUUUCAGGGCUUCCGGCGGCUAGGGUUGAUAUUGGCGGUCGGUUUUCCGGGGAGUUGAAUAUUGGUGUUGGAGGUUCCAGGGUUUCAGUUAGGUCGAGGAUUAAAUCUUGCCGCAGAUUGAGUUUCCAGUUUUCUGAUUUAGGGCGUGUCCAGUAUUAUGCAGCGCCUAGCGGUGGUUGUGAUGCCGGUGGCGUUGCCACGAAAAAAGGCAAGGGAAAAAGCACUGAGAUCAGGAGAGUCAAGGAGAAGUUGAAGCUUAUGAAGAGAUUAUCUAAGGAUUUGUCCAUGCUUCCUCAUCUUGCUGCGGGCCAGGAUAUUAGGAUCGGAUUGGCCGCUGAAGUUAAGGUGACGAUGAUUCAGGAAGCAAGUAAUGUUUUGUUGGCACAACUGCAAAAGUUGAAAUUAGAACAAAAGGAGUUAAAGAGAAAAUUGAAAGAGGGACAAGCCCAGCUCAACGCAACUUUGGGGAAAUCAGAAUCAUCAUCGUCUUCCUCUGAAUCAAGUGACAGCGAUUGUGGAGAGGUAGUUGACAUGAAAACCCUAAGAAGUAAUGCUUUGAAACCAUCCCUAGAGACAGAAGCACCAACUGACAAUGCCUUGGAACGACCCCAAGAGAUAGAAAUAGAAGCAGCACCAAUGGUGGCAGAGGAAUCAAUAUUAGCUAACUCACUUUUGGAGCUAGAGAACUCGGAUUCUAGCCCCAAGAUUCGAGUUCGAGUUCCUCUUAUUGAUGGUGAAUGUUGCAGCUUAAAUAGCUUCAAUGCUGACCACAGCAACAGCGGGACAUCAACCAAGAAGAUUGAAGUUUGCAUGGGUGGAAAGUGUAAGAAGCUGGGAGCUGCUGCCUUGUUAGAAGAGUUUGAAAAGAAGGUAGGUGCAGAAGCCACCGUUGCUACCUGCAAAUGCAUGGGGAAGUGCAGGACAGCUCCAAAUGUGAGAGUCUCCAACACCCAAAGAGAAAGUGCUUCAAGAAUCAAUGAAGACUCUGUUAGGCUUGGGAUUAAUCCAACAUGCACUGGCGUCGGGUUACACGACGUUGAUCUGAUCGUUGCAUAUCUUUUAUGCAAGGACAUAGAUAAUGAAUGCUUGAUGCUAUCAUCUUGAGUCUUCGUUUUGUUUCAUUCUUCUAUGAUGAUAGCUACGGAUUAGUGUGAAUAGGAAAUUAUAGUUAAUGUGCUAUAGGAUCUAGCUGAAAAUGUAAAAAUGCUUUUAUCUUUCGCUUUUCAGUAGUAAUGUCAAAUGCCAGAUUGAAAUUUUAGGUUGUUUCAAAAUUU